UCACGGAUGGCUGAACGCAUCCACGACGCAAAAUUCACGCGGUCUCCACAACACUCGAAUAGACUCGCACUUACACCGAUCGAUAUGUGCAGGUAGCACUUAGUUUUCAGUUGUGUGUACAUGUAGCUCGAGUCACAGUCACGUGCGUUUUGCUUGAAACUUCAACACAUUUUCGCCAUUCUGUGGUCGGCCAACUGGGCAAGCUUUGGUAUCAUCAUAAAGAGGUCACUCAGCACUGAGACGAAUAUCACUUUGCCGUACUCCAAGUGACCUUCUUGUUUUGCUCUCUGUGUUUGAACAUGCUCCGUGGAUCCAUGAUCAAACAGUUCGUGUGGACAUGGUGUGGACCUUGCACCGUGGUCGUGUGUCUUUCCCGUGUAUACAUGCACAUUGUACAUGUAUACAGCCUAAUAAUUACUCAGGUCAUGAUUAUUAACGCGAGCUGUGAGCUGGAUGCCUAGGGUCCCUACAUGUCCAUUUUAUUGCAGUACAAGGGAUUCAACUUGUGUUAACAGCUACACCUUUUUACUUUGAAAUGUCUGGAUAUUUGGUAAGACUAUUUCUGGAGUUGAAAGAGGAAGAUUCACCGUAUAAAAAUGGAGGACUGUAAACGGCUACCGCAGCUGAUGGGGUGUGAAUCGUGUGAUGCUGUGUAGGCCUAAAUGACAUGGCCUGGACCUAACGGCGUUUUCACAGAUUACGUUGGUGUGAAUUGAAGAAAUCACUGGACCCUUCCAGCUUCGAGUCCGACCAUGGAUUACGUCUUCUAUUUGUAUAGCUGUGUCUUCGGCCUUGCAUGGUUCUUCGUGUGUCUGGAGGCUGUGUGCCUUUAUCUUUUCCACUUCAUGGCAAUUCUCUACAUAAAGCUUUGUAUGCACAGAAAUCCGACCCACGUGAUUCGGGAAGACUUACCUGGCGUAUCGAUUCUCAAACCACUAGUCGGCGUGGAUUCAAACUUAGAAGACAACUUGGAGACCUUCUUCAAAUUAGAUUAUCCCAGAUUUGAGCUUCUUUUUUGUGUACAAGAGGAAAACGACCCCGCACGCAAAGUAGUUGAAUCGCUAAUGGAAAGAUAUCCACACGUUGAUGCCAAACUUUUCGUUGGUGGUUGUAAAGUUGGAAAUAAUCCAAAAUUGAACAACCUGAUGCCAGGAUACUGUGCGUCGCGUUACGAUCUCAUCAUGAUAAGUGAUAGUGGAAUAAAAAUGGUUUACGCGAACACUUUGACGGAGAUGGUUUACAACAUGACUCCUGAUGCCGGCUUGAUUCACGCACUUCCCUUUUGCUGUAACAGAAAAGGGUUUGGCGCCACGCUAGACAAGGCAUACUUUGGUGGGUCCCAUGCUCGCUUGUAUGUGUGCAUAAACAUUUUGGGAUUCACCUGUGUCACCGGUAUGUCUAAUCUCCUCAGACGUAGUGUCAUUGCCGCGGCCGGCGGUUUCGAAGAAUUAGCGAAGUACAUAUCGGAGGAUUGCUACAUGGGACUUGCUACAGUCAAAAGUGGUCUCAAGAUCAAACUAAGCAGUUUUCCAGCCAUGCAGAAUCCAGGCAACUACUCUGUUAAAUCGUUCGGCAAAAGAAUGGUCAGAUGGACAACCGUACGAACCUCUUCUGUACCGUCCACCAUCAUACUAGAGCCAUUCUCUGAGAUGUUAGUGUGCGGUUUAUGCUGUGCCUGGGCCGUCUAUUAUUUAUUCAAUUUCGACCCUAUUCUGUUCAUUAUGCUACAUGUUCUUCAGUGGUUCCUGUUGGAUUAUAUACAACUCUAUGCUUUACAGACGGAACCUUUAAACUUCAACAAGUUUGAUUUUGCAGUUGCCUGGGCCUACCGCGAGUGCACCACAUUGUACCAUUUUCUGAAAGGUUGCGUGAGGAACAAGGUCACGUGGCGGACUGGCACGUUCAAAGUCAAAUGGGGUGGUUUCCUUGAGGAAGUGUGCUAGAUGGGGCUGAAACCAGACCAGAGCAGUGGUGGUUUUAAUCUUUAUUUAUCACCGUUGAUGCUUCAAUGCAAACUGUAAAAUAACUGUCAAAAGUACUCAUUGAAGACAAGGUACCAUUGUCAUCGUGUACAGAGGUUGGUGGAGAGUUCGAAUCCUAGCAUAUACUGCCAACUAUAAAGUGUCCAAGCUCGACAAAUAAUUAUUCAGCACAGUAACAUUUCAAUUAUAUUUAUCUUUGUAAUUCAAAAGAGUUCAAACAUUCCAUAGACCUAUAUUUACAUAAGUCCUUUGGAACUACAACCAACUACAGGACAAGCACUGUUCUCUUCGUAUGAUGCAUUUUGGGAAGAUGUAUGAUAGAGAACUAAUACUUUAACCUUCACCCCGCAUGGUGCUACCUCAUCACUGGAUCAUUCCAAUGGUCAUAUCAGAAUGCGGUUUUAAAAGAAAAUUCAGCUUAAAGGGACUCCAGGUAACUCGCAAUUUUUUCAGGUUUAUCUAUUAAUUUAAAUAUUCGUUUGGUUAUGACGGUUAGAGGAAAAGAAAACAUGCACAAAAAAGUGCAAACCUCUGAUUGGCUGAAACGCCAAAAAAUGUGCACGAUCAAAUGCGAUUCCCACAGCGCGUUAUAGGUCUUUCUUGGUAUGUGUUCAAUGUCGUGUACAAUUUGUUUCAACAUCUGUGUUCGAGGGUGUUAUCUUCCUCCACAUAGCCUACACGUAUAUCAGUUGAGAAUUCUGUUCUGUGGUUUAUAAUCAUCAAUUGGAAUGAUCAGUUGGGAAGCGAGCAAGAGAUCAGUCCUGCCAGUUAGCUAGAAUCACGUGCUUUUAUCCCGAAUGGCAUUACGUCUUAAUAAGGAAAUUACUUUGUUUUUUCUUUUUAACUUUAUUUGUGUUCUUGUUAAUUUGGGUGUUAGAAUGGUCUUUGACACAAUGGGAAAUGUACAUUUAUUGACUUUUACUAAAUUCAUGAAAGCUAAUUUAUCAUUUCGGGAAACUUCGUUGAUAUUUAUACACAUGUACCUUAAUAUGACGAGCAUCGUGGUACUGUUGACAGUGUUCAGAAUUACCGCCUCCACUGUUGCUUUCCUCAGGUUUCAAAACAUUGUGUGUGAGUUUAACUUGUUAUUGUCAACUAUUAUGGGAAACGUUCGUGAGAUUGUGGAAAUUAAUUAAUGUACAAUUCUGUAGAAUUUGAGUGUACAAGAGUAAACAAUGGGGAACCCUCCCUGCAUCAACUCUCACAAAACUGUAGAAUUAUUAGGCUAGCGUAAAUGACUGACGCCAUCAUUUAACUGGUCAAUUUGGAUGAUUCCUUUUAUGAUUUUCGUGCCAACAUCGAUUGUAUACAGGCGAUGUCAAUGGUGCGCCUCCAAAAUGUUUGCAACGCGUUGGCCAACCACAAUCCGUGAAAUCUGUCGACCCGGCGUGUUUGGAAAGGGUUGACAGAUUUCGCGCGUUGUGAUUGGCCAACGCAUUGCAAACUCUUGGAGGCGCACAAUUAUUGUGAAUCGCUCGUAUUGUUUCGUCACCGACACCACCAACUUGACCCUCAGUUGUGCGUGAGUUUACCGCCUGCCAGUAGGCGUGUAUUUCACAGAAUCGGGUUUAUUUCAAUUUCAGUGGGGCACGUCCAGUGCGCCUUCCUUACAUUUUCGUUUUCAUGCAUUUACACUGAUUUUAAUAAUUUCACCAGUUAAAACGUUUUUUAUUUCAUUUCUCUGGAAGGGUACAACCAUGUGGAUGAAAUUAAAUUAAUGCCGAACCGUUCAAAGCUUA